GAUGACGUAAUACACAUGUAGAAAAAGAACUAGAGAAAUGGCUGAAUUUCGGGUGACGACUGGAAGAGACGGAAUUCGAUCAUUUGGUGAGCAUGAUGACAGAUGGACAGAUAGUGGGGGUUCCGGGAAGUUCCGAGGACGUGGCAGUUACAGAGGAAAUAGGAGAUCAUUCAACAACAAAAAAAGCUAUGGCUUCAGCAGUUACAGUCGAAGAAGUUCUGGUAGCCCAUUCAGGAGUAGAGGUCGAGGUAGAGGUGGGCCUAACCCCCGGAGUCGUGUAGAUGAUGAAGGAGAUGAUGUCAUGGGUGGCGAAGAUGCUCAAACGUCACAUAGCAGAUUCAAUCCAUAUGGUCGACCAAGUAAAGGUGGUUUCCAUGGAAAAAAUAGUAGAUAUGACAGCAACUCAAAUAAAAGAACUGGUGGUAGCAUGGGUACGUUUAAAAGACUAGGUCUUCCUAUAGACUCAAGAAGAGAUGAUGGAGAGCCACAGUGGUUCAAGAUUGUGAUACCAUGGGGUAAAAAAGCAGAUAAAGAUUUCAUUUUGAAGAAUAUAAAUAAUCACGUUGAUGUACCAUUUGUGCCAACAUAUUUUCACUAUGAGGACAACACUGCAAUUUUUUUUGUAAAUGACAAGAGAGCAGCGGAAUCUAUCAGAGGGAUCACAAAAAGAAUAACCAUGCCAACUGGAUAUAAAAUGACAAUUCUUGUGAAAAAUAGUAUUCCUCCAAACAUUCCUAUGGGCACAGAGGAAGUAGACAAACUCAAAGUUGUAAUGAGCAACAGAUAUGAUCCAACAACAAAGGCACUGAAUUUGAGCAGUUUGCACACAGAUAAAGAAUUGAGUCAAGACAACCUGUAUAUGAACCUGGCAAGACCUCAAGUGAUGACAAAUGUUGUAAAGAUCAUCCAAGAAAACAUUCCAGAGUUGUGUUGUUUGGACAUGAGUGACAACAAGCUCUUCAGUCUGGAUCAUCUAGCAGCAUUAGUGUCAUCAACUGGUGAUCUGAAGGUGCUCAACCUUGGCAAAAACAAGAUUACCCAUGUGGAGGAAGUGCGCAAACUGAAGUCCUGGAAAAUAGAGUCAUUAACGCUGGAUGGAAAUCCUCUAUGUGAUAAGUUCAAUGAUCAGACUUCAUAUAUCAGUGCUGUGAGAAAAGUAUUUCCAAAAGUUAUGAAGUUGGAUGGUAAAGACCUCCCACCACCAAUUACAUUUGAUAUCGAAGCAAGGACAGAUCUUCCAAAAUCAAAGGCAAAUUACUUUCCAAAUGCAGAGGUACAGGGACCAGUUGUUAAGUUUUUGAAGGACUAUUUCACUGUGUAUGAUGCCGCUGAUAGAUCUGGUUUAUCUGGUGCAUACCAUGAGCAGGCUAUGUUCUCACUGUCUGUAGCUUACAAUGGUGCUGUACAAUACAAGCAGAGUUCACUAUCAAGUUACAUAGAUGAGAGCAGGAAUUUAGCCAGACAACACAAAGAUUCAAGUCGGAAGCACAAGUUGUUAAAGAAGGGAAGUUUGAUAGUUCCGCAGUUAUGUUUGUUACCAAAGACCAGUCAUGAUCCUAAUUCAUUUAUAGUUGACUGCAACUUCAUGUCAUCUGCCAUGAUGAGUUUUACAGUACAAGGUGUAUAUAAGGAGGUUGACAGCAAGCAGGACAAGCAGCCUAUCCGAGCUUUCAGCAGAACAUUUGUCACAGUUCCUGGGGGAAGCGGAAUGUUGGUAGUGAAUGACAUUUUAACAAUUACAAAUGCUUCUCCAGACCAAAUUCAGGCAGCAUUUAAGACACCUGCUCCCACCCCCUCAUCUAGUCCAGUACCACAGACGUCCCCCAGUAGCCCUUUUGAGGGUUUAGGUCUAACAGAGGUCCAACAACAGAUGAUUGUCAGUUUUAUAGCAGAGUCUCGAAUGAACUCAGAAUGGUCAGCCAAGUGUCUGGCAGAGAACGGUUGGGACUAUGCUAAAGCAGGACAAAACUUCUUGGCGUUGCAACAACAAGGAAAGAUUCCCCCAGAAGCAUUUAACAAGUGAAAGUGUCCGAAUCUUCAAACAGAAGAAUUUAGUUAGCACGAAUGUUCAUCAUUAACACUACAAGUGAGACUGAGUGAUAUAUCAAGAAUAUCAAAACAAACAGUUACGGGACACAUAUCUCUUUGACAUUUUUGUGCUGGAAUAUAUCGAAACAGUAUCUGGACAGUAUCUGGACAUUGCAGUUUAAGUGGUCCUGAUUUUUGAAUCACCAUAGAUUUAUUUGUGAAUGUUUUGUGUUGAAAAUUGCAGUCAAACUGUGACAUUUGAUGAAAUGAAAUCUUAAAUAUGAGGAACACAAAUAGUGUGUUUUUAUCUUAUUUUUAUAUUUUAAAAGACUUUCUUUUAAAUCAGUCCCAUGAAGUGUUUAAGUAGCUCAAGAAGAGUAUGGAACACAGAUAAAUUCCAGUGAUGUAUAAAGCUUGAAUGGACUAAAUACAAGGAUUUAUGUUAAUCGUUUUAGCUGACUAGUGAUAAUGUACUUGUCAUGUUGUAUUUUUGAUCUGCUUCCAUUUGUCAACCAUGGCUUCUUUUUAUUCCUGGUCUGUCUAAAGUGACAGUCAAAGCUUGAUAUUUUUAUAACCAGCUAUGAUCAAGGAAACAAAAGUUGAUUUUACAUUUGGAAAGGCUACAUGUUGAUUAUAGUUAAACUCAUGAUUAAAGAUGUAUGCUUUGUCAAGUGUGUGUGAAGCUCAACAGUAUGUUCUGUUGUUAUCUUGUCUUCAACAAAUACAAAUGAUUUGACACAUUAAGUAGCUCUUUUUGUUUAGUCAAAAGAUUGUUUGUACAUACAAUACAUAUAGAAUAGCUGCAUUUUUAGCUCACCUGUCACAAAGUGACAAGGUGAGCUUUUGUGAUCGCGCGGUGUCCGUGCGUCCGUCCGUAAACUUUUGCUUGUGACCACUCUAGAGGUCACAUUUUUCAUGGGAUCUUUAUGAAAGUUGGUCAGAAUGUUCACCUUAAUGAUAUCUAGGUCAAGUUCGAAACUGGGUCACGUGCCGUCAAAAACUAGGUCAGUAGGUUUAAUAAUAGAAAAACCUUGUGACCUCUCUAGAGGCCAUAAUUUUCAAUGGAUCUUCAUGAAAAUUGGUCAGAAUGUUCACCUUGAUGAUAUCUAGUCAAGUUCGAAACUGGGUCACGUGCCUUCAAAAACUAGGUCAGUAGGUCUAAAAAUAGAAAAACCUUGUGACCUCUCUAGAGGCCAUAUAUUUCAAAAGAUCUUCAUGAAAAUUGGUCAGAACGUUCAUCUUGAUGAUAUCUAGGUCAAGUUCGAAACUGGGUCAUGUGCCGUCAAAAACUAGGUCAGUAGGUCAAAUAAUAGAAAAACCUUGUGACCUCUCUAAAGGCCAUAUUUUUCAUGGGAUCUUUAUGAAAGUUGGUCUGAAUGUUCAUCUUGAUGAUAUCUAGGUGAAGUUCGAAACUGGGUCACGUGCGGUCAAAAACUAGGUCAGUAGGUGUAAAAAUAGAAAAACCUUGUGACCUUUCUAGAGGCCAUACAUUUCACAAGAUCUUCAUGAAAAUUGGUCAGAACGUUCACCUUGAUGAUAUCUAGGUCAAGUUCGAAACUGGGUUACGUGCCAUCAAAAACUAGGUCAGUAGGUCAAAUAAUAGAAAAACCUUGUGACCUCUCUAAAGGCCAUAUUUUUCAUGGGAUCUGUAUGAAAGUUGGUCCGAAUGUUCAUCUUGAUGAUAUCUAGGUCAAGUUCGAAACUGGGUCACGUGCGGUCAAAAACUAGGUCAGUAGGUCUAAAGAUAGAAAAACCUUGUGACCUCUCUAGAGGCCAUAUAUUUCAUGAAAUCUUCAUGAAAAUUGAUCAGAAUGUUCACCUUGAUGAUAUCUAAGUCAAGUUUGAAACUGGGUCACGUGCCGUCUAAAACUAGGUCAGUAGGUCAAAUAAUAGAAAAACCUUGUGACCUCUCUAGAGGCCAUAUUUUCCAUGGGAUCUGUAUGAAAGUUGGUCUGAAUGUUCAUCUUGAUGAUAUCUAGGUCAAGUUCGAAAGUGGGUCACGUGCCAUCAAAAACUAGGUCAGUAGGUCAAAUAAUAGAAAAACCUUGUGACCUCUCUAAAGGCCAUAUUUUUCAAUGGAUCUUCAUGAAAGUUGGUCUGAAUGUUCAUCUUGAUGAUAUCUAGGUCAAGUUCGAAACAGGGUCAUGUGCAGUCAAAAACUAGGUCAGUAGGUCUAAAAAUAGAAAAACCUUGUGACCUCUCUAGAGGCCAUACUUGUGAAUGGAUCUCCAUAAAAAUUGGUCAGAAUGUUCAUCUUGAUGAUGUCUAGGUCAAGUUUAAAAGUGGGUCACGUGCCUUCAAAAAGUAGGUCAGUAGGUCAAAUAAUGAAAAAACGUAGUGACCUCUCUAGAGGCCAUAUUUUUCAUGGGAUCUGUAUGAAAGUUGGUCUGAAUGUUUAUCUUGAUGAUAUCUAGGUCAAGUUUGAAACUGGGUCAACUGCGAUCAAAAACUAGGUCAGUAGGUCUUGAAAUAGAAAAACCUUGUGACCUCUCUAGAGGCCAUACCCUUGAAUGGAUCUUCAUGAAAAUUGGUCAGGAUGUUCACCUUGAUGAUAUCUAGGUCAAGUUUGAAACUGGGUCACGUGCCUUAAAAAACUAGUUCAAUAGGUCAAAUAAUAGAAAAAGCUUGUGACCUCUCUAGAGACCAUAUUUUUCUAUGGAUCUUCAUGAAAAUUGGUCAGAAUUUUUAUCUUGAUAAUAUCUAGGUCAAGUUCAAAACUGGGUCACAUGAGCUCAAAAACUAGGUCACUAUGUCAAAUAAUAGAGAAAACGACUUCAUACUCAAAACUGGGUCAUGUAGGAAGAGGUGAGCGAUUCAGGACCAUCAUGGUCCUCUUGUUUUAUUUAGUUUGCCAGCUGUAUAUGAUAAUGUUUUAUGUUUUAGUACAUCUUUGAUCUCUUUCUGAUAAGACAGCAUUAAUAGCUUUUUUUCUUGUGCAAAUACCAAAAUUGUGUUUUAAAAUUUGGAUCAGAGGUCUGUACUGCCUUUAAUGAUAUUUUGAACCAAAUUGCUAGUGUCAUAAAAUAGCUGUAACUUCACUUCUUGACGAACUUUUGGUGAAUUGAAUAUGAAUUACUGGUACAGACAAGGUCCAAAAGAUGUAAACAUAGUGAGUUAACAAAUGCCAUACUGCAUUUAAGCAUACCUAGGUUCAAAUGUAUAUUGUUUCUAGUGCUAGUGAUUUGUUACACAUGAUUUGUGCAUGGAGAAUCCAUCUGAAGAUAUACAAUGUUUUUAUAUUGUCAACAAUUUGUACAUGUUUUGUUUUUGAAGAAAUGUUACUGUAAACCUGUUACAUUGUGUCAAAAAUUAUUUUUAAUGAAAACAA